AGAUUGUCCAACAGACAGAACAAAUAUUUGAAAAUGUUGAUCCUAUAAUGGAAGAGUCCUUAGAGAGUGCUUCUGAGGGAAUUAAUAUGGGUAAUACUGAAACUGUUGUUGACGAAAUUAGUCCAGAGAACGCUGAUAUUAGGCAUUUGUCUAUGGAUGAUGAAGAACAGAGUAUCGAAGUCCUUAAUUUCGAAAAUGAUGAUCAAACCAAGCUGAUUAAUUUGUCUGUAGAUACAGAGGAUCAGGCUUCUCAAAAUAAUACCUUCAAGGAUAGUGAUGAGACUAAUGCGAUUGAAGCAAUGCCUCCGUCUCCUAAGCGGGGGGCUGAGCCAAUUCUUGAUGAUGAAGUUGAUCACGAUCUAGUAUCAGAGUCUAAUGAAGGCGAAAGUCCAGUACUGACAGAUGAAAAUUUACCUAGCUUAUCCUUCGAAGUGGUAAGAGAAGAAGAUGUAGAAAACACUGAGAUCACGGAAGUGUUUGAUCAUGAAGUGGUUGAGGAUAAAUCUUCAGAAGUCUUAGACAGCAGCAAGGAAGCCACACCAGCAGCAGCAGAAUUAAUUCUGUCUUCCGGUGCUACUCUGCUGAAAUAUCCAUCCAAGGCAUUGGCAGGUGGACAUGAAGCAUAUUUUGUUGCUUGUGGGAAGUGGCUAGGGGUAGCCGAUGGAGUUGGUUCCUGGUCUUUGGAAGGGAGUGAUCCAGGAGUAUAUGCCCAGGAACUCAUGCAAAAUAGUGAAUUCAUUGUUUCUCAGAGUGAUGAGGAUUUAAUAAAUGACCCUAAGCAAGUCCUUAAUCUGAGUGUCACAGCAACAGAUUCUCCUGGAUCUUCAACAGUCUUGAUUGCUCGUUUUGAUGGAAAGGCUCUUCAUGUGGCUAAUAUUGGAGACUCUGGAUUUAUCGUACUAAGGAAUGGCAGUGUUUACAGGAAGUCAUCACCCAUGCUUCACGAAUUCAAUUUGCCCAUACAAAUUGAAAAAGGUGAUGAUCCUUCUCAACUUCUGGAGGAAUACAAGAUAGAGUUAGAUGAGGGGGACGUCAUUGUCACUGCAACAGAUGCACUUUUUGACAACUUAUAUGAUCAAGAAAUAGUGUCAAUCGUCUUAAGGUCACUGGAAGUUGACAAAAGUCCUCAGGAAAUUGCGGAGAUUUUGGCGACAAGGGUGCUAGAAGUGGGUAGUUCUGCUUCAGGGAGAAGUCCAUUUGCUGAUGCAGCUCAAGCAGCUGGAUAUGUUGGGUAUACUGGUGGGAAGCGCGAUGAUGUGGUUGUCAUAGUAUCAGUAGUUACAAAAGGUAACCAUGCCAAAUGACAACUAGAUUCGUGUAAAUUCUAAACGUUUCCUUCCACUUUGUAAGCAGUUUUGAUGUCUCAAAGUGAGUCACUGUAACCUCUAUGUUGAUAGGGUUCAGUUGCUUCUUUGAAGUGUAAUUUUAUGCCAUCUGAUUGCUAUGCGCACACCAUCCAUGGCUGCUCUCGAUUGAUUCU